AAUAUGGGUACCAAAAGUGGAUGCAUUAAUGUAUUCAAAGUGUGGUCUUAUUGAGGCUUUGUAAAGCAGUACUAAUAUUUCAGAUGAACCAGGGAACAAGAGGUCUGUCCUUCCAGUUUUGGAGUGAGGAACGGCCAGAAGAAGUCAGGAGAAAGCAGCCCUUUAGAUAUUGGAAGACUGCUAUCAUGUCUCCCCUGGUCCUUCUUUUCAUCAAACCUAGACAUCCCCAAUUCCUGCAACAUUCUUUGUACGUUUUAGCCUCCAGUCCCCUAAUCCUCUUUGCUGCUUUUCUCUGCGCUCUUUCUAGAGUCUCUCAACAUCUUCCUUACAUCGUGGCGACCAAAACUGGAUGCGAUAUUCCAAGGGUGGCCUUUCGCUUCCUCCUUUGGGGAACUUCGGGGAGCUCGCCCUGCGCUCGCAGAGGCACUGCAGAGAUUGCACGGCUCUCGUUUUUGCCACCUUCUUUUGCAAUGGGAGAGGAUGAAUUGGGGAGCUUCCCGCCGCCCAGCAGCAAAAAACAGGCCGAAGAGCUGCCUGCCAACCGCUAGGCGUCCCUGACCCCUUUCUUGGCCCAGCCCCGAGUCGCUCUCGCAUCGCGAUCCUUUGCUCUCGUAUGAAGCGUUAAAAUCUCCUCCCCGGGGCACCCACCUGCAUCAAACCUGUGUAGGACUCGCCCCGACCGCAUGGCACUUCCCCAGCGGGAGCCUUUGCGAGAACCGAGAAACUGCGGAGCGCUCGAGGGUGCAAGCAUGGAGGCGCCUCGGAUGGGGAACCUGUACCUGGAAGACCCCUUGCUCCAGGGUUACCUGAGAGCCCAUCUGCCCGCUCAGGUGUUUGCUGAGGUGAACGUUGACCUGGAACGGUUCGGAGCUCGUUUGAGAGAUGAAAUUGACUUCUUGGACCGUGAGUGUGAGCUAAACCCUCCUAGAUUAUUGCAUUUUGAUGCCUGGGGACAACGUGUGGACCAAGUGACCACCUGCCCAGCCUGGAAGAGGUUGAAGGACAUCUCUGCUGAGGAGAGCCUUGUGGCUGAAGGUUAUAAAAGGAGAUAUUCCCGUUGGAGCCGUGUUUAUCAAAUUGCCAAGAUGUAUCUUUUUAUGUCCAAUUCUGCUUGCUAUGGAUGCCCUCUAGCCAUGACUGAUGGAGCAGCAAAAGUAAUUGAGUCUUUAGGGAUCCCAAAACCCCUGGAAGAAGCCUAUGCUCGUUUGACAUCAGCUGACCCCAAGACAUUCUGGAUCUCUGGCCAAUGGAUGACUGAACGCAAAGGCGGCUCUGAUGUUGGUGGUGGAACAGAAACUGUUGCACGGGAACUUCCAGAUGGCUCCUACAGCCUGCAUGGAUUCAAAUGGUUCACAUCAGCAGCUGAUUCAGAGAUGACGCUGACCCUGGCAAGGAUCGUGGGCCCUGAUGGGCAAGUAAAACAGGGCUCCCGAGGCCUCUCGCUCUUCUACCUGAAAAUAUAUGAGGAUGGGAAGCUGAACGGCAUAAAAAUAGAGAGGCUGAAAGAGAAGCUGGGCACGAGGGCGUUGCCAACGGCAGAGCUGUUGCUGGAUGGAGCUCGAGCACAUCUGAUCUCUACGGAAGGCCAGGGGAUACCUUACAUUGCCAACAUGUUGAACAUCACUAGGAUCUAUAAUGCUGUGGCUGCAGCAGGAAGUAUGAGAAGAAUGGUCAACCUGGCACGGGAUUAUGCCACCAAAAGGGAAGCCUUUGGAAAACCCCUCAAAGAUCACCCUUUGCACAUGCAAACUCUGGCACGAAUGGAGGUGCAAAGCCAAGCAGCGUUCCUGCUGCUGAUGGAGCUGGCGAGACUGCUUGGCCUGGAAGAAACGAAGGCGGCGACGGAGCAGGAGAAGCACCUGCUGAGACUGCUCACCCCUCUCACUAAACUUUAUACUGCAAAGCAGGGGAUUGCUAUGAAUUCGGAAGGCCUGGAAUGUUUUGGAGGACAGGGCUUCAUGGAAGACACAGGCUUACCUGUUAUUCUUCGGAAUAGCCAGGUGCUUUCAAUCUGGGAGGGAACCACGAACAUCCUGUCCCUGGAUGUUCUGCGCUGCAUCCUCAAGAGCCAAGGAAAAGCGCUGGAUGUCUUUUUCUCCACUGCCCAGGCCAAGUUGGAGGCAGCUACCCGGCAGCCGGAACUGCAGGCUUCUGUGCAAAUAAUUCAGAAUAAUCUGCAAAAACUCAAGCAGUUUGUUCGAAGAAUGGACUCGAAGGGAGAAGCUGGCUGGCAGCUUGCAGCGAGAGACUUUGCCUAUGAUCUGGCAUGGAUCUAUGAAGGAGUCCUUCUACUGGAGCAUGCAGCCAGGGCUGGUGCAUCGGCCACAAACAUCUAUGCUGCUCAGAGGUGGUGUCAGGAGGACGUCUGCCUCGUGGACAGAGAAGAGAAGGCUGGUUCUUACAAUUCUACAGCAGCUUCCCUGGAUAAAUCUUUGGUGUAUGAUGGGUAUCCUUCUCUGAGAGGAAAACUGUAGCAAAGAAUGCGAAAGAAGCAUCUGGUGAAGGACAUGACCUGGAUGAGAAGUGUGUCUGUAUUAUGUAUGCAUAUACGUGAGUCUCAAGUUUUCUUUUCAAAACAAGUCUUGAAAGGACCCAUGUAGACAACAUUCCAACAUUAAGCACCUCUAUUGUAUGUUAAAUGGCAGUUGGCUUCUGAACUCACAAAAAGACUUUUUAAAAUAAUUCUUGAAGGUAGAAAGGGUGUCAUCACUCUACUUUAAACAUGUAAUUUUAAGCAAUCUUUCCCAUUUCUUGCUCUCUGGAUGUGCUGGACUUCAACUCUCAUGUUUCAUAGAACACUGGGCAGUGGUAGUUGAAGGACAACACAUGUGAAAGGGACUGGACCUGGAAAGGUAGUACUAAUUGCUGGCAGCCUUUGCAACUCCUCUCUUCUAUUUAGCAUUACAGCUUAAAGAUACAGAGCACAUUGUAAUGAAACAGUCAAAGCAGCUCAAUUUUUUUUUAUUUCGUUUUUUAAACUAUUUUAAUUGGUACAGGAAUGUGAACUAUAGUAACCAAAUGGAGACAACUGGAUACCAGUUGGAUUUGCUAAUGCUGGACCAGACUCUGCUUAGCUUGAUGCAAUAAACCUUUUCUUGGAUAUAUAUUUUUCCACAAAAAUAAACUUUAUUCUGACUCUUCUG